AUGAAGCUACCAAUCGCCGUCGCUCUUCUCCUCGUCGCUGUGGCGGUAGCGGCGCGUGUGCCGGCGGUGAGCUCGGCGGGGUGGGUGGGGCUGGACCUCACGCAGACAGGCGCAGCCAGCGACGCGGCGCUCGCGCAGAGAGCGGCGGGAAUCGCGGUGGAGCAGUACAACGCGCAGACGGGAUCUGCGCUCUCCCUGGCGGCGGUUCAAUCCGCGGAGGUCUUUGUGCCCGCCGACGUGGGGCGGAGGGCCGCCGUUCGCGUGGCUUUCACCGCCGGGGAGCAGGAGGGCGUGUUGCGGAGGCUGCUGCGUGGCCCUGGCAGCACAGUCGCAGUGAAGGCCGAGAUUGCGGGAACCUCGCAUGAACUGCACCGGUAUAAGCUGGAGAGUUUUAGUACUUCUGGUUGA